GCAAUUUUCAGAUGCUUGGCCGAAGUCCCUCGCCCUCAGCCCCGUACGUGCACGGGCGACGAGGUUUAGCCUGGAGGCGAAAGUGGGCGCGUGUGAGGCCUCCAGCACCCCAUGUACGCCAGUGCAUCAUCGGAGAUGAGUUCUUCGAGUACCUCGUCAUUGGAGAGUGCGGCAGAUGCGGCCUGCUUGAGAAGGAGUCGCUGGUCCCCAUCGUCUUGCGGUCAGCUGGCGGCAAAGCUUUGAGCGGCAGCUGCGCUCUGCACCCAGUCCCUGGGAGGUGCAAUGAGUUCCACAGGCCGACAGAGGAGAGGCCGAACCGCCCAGUGGGAUUCCACAGCGUCCAGGCUCGCGUCAAGACGCCCGGCAGGGUGACACUCUCCUUGAAGGCAACUUGCUAUGCGUGUGAGACAACCAGAAACGAGUCGUUCGCGACGCUCGAGACGGCCAACGUCAAUCAAUGGUUUGCUGUCGUCGGGGUACCUUGCUGCGGCGACCCCCAGGUGAAAGUGGUGGAGCUGUGCUGCACUUUCGAGGCCAAAGACGUCAUCGAUUCCGCGCCCGAGAGACUCAAGUGCGGCGUGUGCUUGGGUGACGAGCAUGGUGAUAUUGCGUGUGCAAGAUGUGGCAUGCACUACCACACGGAGUGUCUGGCGAACUGGCUGUCACACUGUCCGAGUCUGACAACACCAAAGGUACAGGACGAGGGAGUCACCGAGUGCGCACUGUUCUCACGUCUGUCUCUGUUUGUGUGUCUGCAGUGUCUGUACUGCACUGAACCGAUCAAGGAUGCCGGCUUCCUCGACAUGCUCAAGCGUGUGGAAACCGUCAACGCGCAUUUCCUCUUCACCCAGUCCAGCAGUCGCACCAACAUUAAGAGACUAUUCGACGCCCUCCCCGGCCGCGUUCGGGCGCUCAUCACGAUGCCGCACCAAUUCGACGACAAGCGCCCUGUCGACCCGAAUCGCAUGCGUCUGCCCAUUGGUAGGACAUACUCACGAUGACAAACGUGUGUACGGAGGAGACUGAGGCUGCCGUGUGUGAUUUCGUGCAAAUUUCAUAGAGUUCCCGAAUAACGCUGCUGCCCAGGCGGCGCUCGACUUCUUCGCCAGACAGGGAGGGACGCGCCGAUGGGGUGUCCGCUGCCUCAAGCUCGCCGAGAAUCAGCUUCGUUCUGAGCGCAAGUUUCAGAAGGAGGCGAUCAAGGGCAACUUGAUUGAGUAUAUUCGGGUGGCUGGCUGAUACUUGAGAGAGCUGGCGUCGUCUUUGGUAGACUUUGUGACCUGUGUGUCUUGCCUGUUUUGUCAUGCACUUGUGUGCGCUGGUGUGUUGUAAGGGCUGGAUAUGGCUGUGUACAGCCCAGUCGAUUGAUCUUGAUCUUGUUAUGUGUGUGCUCGCCAGGGAGGGACGGAUCUGUGGGUGAAUGAAUGUG